AUUUCUACUUCAAACAUGGAUAUGGUGAUGAAGUUGGGAGCAUCAAGCAUGGUGGUGAUUUUCACCAAGAGUAGUUGUUGCAUUUCUCAUACUAUUGAAACCUUAAUCCGUAGCUUUGGAGCAAACCCUAUAGUUUACGAGCUCGAUACACAUCCAAAUGGGAAGCAAAUGGAGAAGGCAUUGAUUGAACUAGGGUGUCAUCCAAGUGUGCCAGCAAUAUUUAUAGGGAAAGAAUUAGUUGGUGGUGCUAAUGAGAUAAUGAGUCUUAAUGUGAGGGGUAAGCUUAAGCAAUUGCUAAUUAGGGCUAAUGCCAUUUGGGUGUAGGAAUUAAUAAAAACUAUAUAUAUAUGUAGCAAGUGUACUAGGUCUAGGAAUCUUCAUAUAGUGAGACUUUUAUCUUUGAUCUUUGUAAUUUUCUUCACAUUGUGAUUAAUGAUUAAUCUUGAUGUAUAAAUAAAGUUAUUAUACUUAAUAGGUCAUACGUAAUCU